UGUGUGUGUGUGUGAUGAUAAUUCAAACGAAACGAAACAAAAUCAACCGAAAUGAAACGAACUGCGCUCAGCCAAGCAAGCUGAUAUAUAAUCAUUUCAACGAUUUUUUAUUUUUUUGGCGCUCAUUACGACGUGUUUCUAUCGGCAUUUUUUCUAAUUAUUGUAAAGAUUUCUUUGUCUGAUUGAUUUAUUUGUCCAAUUUGGUCCAAGGUCCACGGCGACAACCUUUUUUUCAACAUAACAAUACACGCACACACUUGUUUGAUGAUUACAAAUGAAUUGAAUUCUGUUAUUACUUUGGUGAAAAAAAAAUUAUCCGAAAUCGAACAUCUAUUCAGCAUUAAUCGGAUUCGAUUCUUCAGUAAAACAAAUAUUCAUUAUUGAAACUAAUAAACUGACAAUCACAUCAUCAUUAUCUUGUGUAAUUAAUAAUAAUAAUAAUAAUAACGAAAAAGAAAACAUCAUGGGUUGUACGCUUAGUACAUUAGACAAAGAUGCUUUGGCUAGAUCCAAAGCUAUUGAUAAAACAAUUCGUGCCGAUCGUGAACGACAAUCACGUGAAGUUAAAUUAUUAUUAUUGGGUGCUGGUGAAUCUGGUAAAAGUACUAUAUUGAAACAAUUAAAAAUAAUUCAUGAAAAUGGAUACAAUAAAGAAGAAUGUUAUAAAUAUCGUCGUGUUAUAUAUGCGAAUGCCAUACAAAGCUUGUCGGCUAUAUUGGAUGCAAUGAAUUUUUUAAAAAUAAAUUUUACAAAUACAGAAUCAUAUCAAUUAGUUGCACAAUAUUUUGAUUAUCCACAAUCAAAUCAUAUGGCACCAAUUAUUACAAUGGAAUUAGCUGUGAUUAUGAAAAAAUUAUGGCUUGAUCCCGGUGUACAAUCAUGUUAUCAUCGAUCACGUGAAUAUCAACUUAAUGAUUCAGCAUAUUACUAUUUAAAUUCAUUAGAUCGUUUAUGUCAACCGGAUUAUUGUCCAACACAACAGGAUGUAUUACGUACACGUGUAAAAACGACCGGUAUUGUUGAAAUUUCAUUCCGUUUUAAAGGAUUAUUUUUCCGUAUAUUCGAUGUUGGUGGUCAACGUUCUGAACGUAAAAAAUGGAUACAUUGUUUCGAAGAUGUGACAGCUGUUGUAUUCUGUGUUGCAUUAUCUGGCUAUGAUUUAUUAUUAACCGAAGAUGAUGAAGUUAAUCGUAUGCACGAAAGUCUUCGUUUAUUCGAUUCAAUCUGUAAUAAUAAAUGGUUUUUCGAUACAUCAAUGAUUCUGUUUUUGAAUAAAAAAGAUCUAUUUGAACAGAAAAUCAAAACAUCACCAUUAAAUAUUUGUUUUCCCGAAUAUACAGGACGAAACACAUAUGAUGAGGCAGCCGCUUACAUACAGAUGAAAUUUGAAACAUUAAAUCGUAAUUCAGAUACUAAAGAUAUUUAUACACAUUUUACAUGUGCAACCGAUACGAAUAACAUACAAUUUGUAUUCGAUGCUGUCACCGAUGUAAUAUUGAAAAAUAAUCUACGUGAAAUUGGCCUUUAUUGAAUAUAAAUUCUAUCCAUUUUAAUCAUCAUUCAAUUCAAAUUAACUAAAUCUCAUUUCUGUGAACAAAUAAUUUUCAUUCCCUCCACACACACUCCCUGUAAUGGGUAACAUUUGUUCGACAUUUUUCUAAUUUUUAUUUUCGCUUGCUCAAACAUUUUAUAUACGAAACAAUAAUUUAUAUUCUACUCACACAUGAAUUCUAUUAUGGAUUCAUUAUCAUUAAUUAAUUACCUUAAUUCAUUUACCAUUAUCAUGUGCCAUAUAUAA